AUAGAUUGCCGGAAAUGGCUAGGCCAUGCUAAUUUUUUUCUUAUUGAAAGGAGUCCAUGGCCCAUAUCCAUACAAAUUCGUUUAGCCUUGUAUAAUAUAAGCUGUUUCUCCGGUCGCCGUCUCAAGCAAAAAAUGGCUCCAAAGAAGGGUGUUGCAGUAGCAGCAAAGAAGAAGCCGGAGAAGGCGAAGGUGGUGAAUCCAUUGUUCGAGAAGCGGCCAAAGCAGUUCGGUAUCGGUGGAGCGCUACCGCCGAAGAAGGAUGUAACAAGGAAUGUAAGAUGGCCUCGGAAUGUUACCCUACAAAGGAAGAAGAGGAUUCUCAAGAUGCGAUUGAAGGUUCCUCCAGCUCUAAACCAGUUCACCAAAACCCUUGAUAAGAAUCUCGCUACAAACCUUUUCAAGAUGCUUCUUAAGUACAGGCCUGAGGACAAAGCUGCAAAGAAGGAGCGUCUUGUCAAAAGGGCUCAAUCUGAAGCCGAAGGAAAAACUCCCGAGACAAAGAAACCUAUUAUUGUGAAGUAUGGGCUGAAGCACAUCACUUACCUUAUUGAGCAGAACAAAGCUCAGUUAGUAGUGAUUGCUCAUGAUGUGGACCCAAUAGAGUUGGUUGUCUGGCUUCCUGCACUUUGCAGAAAGAUGGAAAUUCCAUACUGCAUUGUGAAGGGGAAAGCACGUUUAGGAUCGAUCGUGCAUAAGAAAACUGCUUCAGCCUUGUGUUUGACAACCGUGAAGAAUGAAGACAAAAUGGAGUUUAGCAGAGUUUUGGAGGCAAUCAAGGCUAACUUCAAUGACAAGUAUGAAGAGAACAGGAAGAAGUGGGGUGGUGGUAUCAUGGGCCCCAAGUCGCAGGCCAGGACCAAGGCCAAGGAGAGAGUUCUAGCUAAGGAAGCUGCCCAGAGAUUGAACUAAGAGCUUUCUGCAAUUGGAUUAGAGAGCUGCUCUGCCAAUAUUUGUGUUUGGUUCACAUGCUUGACAAUGUUCGAGACAUUAGUUCGAUAUGUACCUUGAUGUUUGUCAUUUGCAUAUUAUUGCUCUGUCGAAGAAGCUUUAAACUUUAUGAGAAGUUUUUGUUACAUGAGUGUGUUUUUUGUGCCUGCGAAUUGCGCAGUUACCACCUAUUCCUCAUUAAUCUAGUGCUUACUC